GUCAGCCACUCUGUCCGCGCCGGACAUCCUUGAGAUCGGAUGGUCGGUGAUUUCUUUCGGGAUUUACUCGUAGAAGUACAGGUCGGCACUACCAAUCCACCUUGACGCACGCUACUUUCCCAUCAUCCUAAGGACCCGAACGGGGAGUUCCGAGAUCUGCUGCCGCCUUCUGGAGCAGAGAUAGGGAGGAGGGCGGCUGCCGGCUGGGCGGCGCAGAUCAGCGAUGCAAUUCUUCGGAGGGUCGGCGGCGGCGGAGAUCGCCCCAUCCCCGGCUGCGCCGCCGGGGACGGCGACGGGGCUGGCGGGUAAUAACGCGAACAUGCUGUACAUCUUCAACCGGAGCGGGGUGUGCCUGUUGUACAGGGAGUGGCACCGCCCGCUUCACACCCUCGACGCCCAGCAGGACCAGAAACUCAUGUUCGGCCUCCUCUUCUCCCUCCGCUCCUUCACAACCAAGAUAGACCCAACCAGCGUCGACAAAGGAAAUCUUGGGGUGCCUCUGCUCCCGGGACAGGGCUGCUCCUUCUACAGCUUCCACACCAACACCUACAAGCUUAGCUUACUGGAAUCCCCUUCCGGUGUCAAGGUUAUUUUAAUUACUCAUCCCAAGACUGGCGACAUGCGGGAACCACUGAGAUAUAUAUACAACAUUUAUGUGGAGUAUGUCGUAAAGAAUCCCCUCUAUGUUAAUGGGACUCCAAUCAAAUGUGAGCUCUUCAAUACAAAUCUUGACCAAUAUGUGAAGACUUUGAUAUAGCUUGCAGAAUGCUGAGGGUUUGCUGUCAGAACUGCUAUCAUCUAGGAAAGAUCCUUUGCUGCAACCAGAGAACCACGGCUUAUAGAAGUUUCUGUACAUACCUAUGACUCUGGAUAUCCUGAAAGCCUGGAACAUGGAGACGUUUACAUUCUUGGCUGCUCUUAUUCUACCUGGUGAUAUCCAGAUGUGCCUCACUCGUAUAAGAAAAUCUUUCUUGUUGCUUGGUUUCUGAAUACUAUAUUCAGGAGUAUGAGCUCAUAAGUUACUCUAAUUGUGCAAAGUGUAGCAUGUUUAGAUAUAAUAAAAGCCAUUGGCUUGUCCGAGAUGGAAGAAUUUGGAUAGAUGACUUGUCUGAGGGCUUUGCUUUAUUUUAUUCUAUUUUAUUUUGUACUGAAUUACACAGAACCAAUUCUGAGGAGUUCUUCGUACCUUCAUGUUUGAAUUGCUUUGUUUUUUUUUUAAUACAAUUCCGUUAUGUUA